AUGGCUCUAUCCAUCUCGCAGAUUUCCUUUGAGCAUCAUCGCACCGCCCUCGGGAUCGCUGAAUCAACCCCUCGAAUCUCGUGGCGGUUUCAAGGGAACGUGACCGACUGGGAACAAAGCGCCUAUGACUUGGAGAUCAAGCGCAAGGGAGGGGAGCCUGAUAUCUUUCAUGUCGACUCCUCCGACUCGGUCUUGGUCCCUUGGCCCAGCUCUCCGUUGAAGUCUGGCGAGGAGGCGACUGUACGCGUGCGCUCCUCCGGCCAGGACAGCCAGCCGAAUACAGCGUGGUCUGGCUCUUUCACCGUCGAACCGGGUCUGCUGAGUCCCGAGGACUGGCAGGACGCUGCGGCCAUCGUGUCCGAUCGACCCACGGAAGUCAACCAAACCCACCGGCCGAUCCUCUUCCGAAAAGAAUUCAAGCUGGAUGAUUCGUACGACUCCGCACGGCUGUACAUCACGGCGCUGGGCUUGUAUGAAGCCCAAAUCAACGGAAAGCGGGUUGGAGACCACGUCCUGGCCCCCGGCUGGCAAGCCUACGCCAGUCGCCACGAGUACAACACCUAUGAUGUAACCGAACAUUUGCGACAGGGGGCGAACACAAUUGGAGUCACGGUCGGAGAAGGCUGGUAUGCCGGUCGCCUGGGAUUCAGCGGGGGGCAGCGAAACAUCUACGGCGAUACCCUCGGCGUGCUCUGCUUGCUCGUCGUUACCAAACCGGAUGGCACCAAGGAGUAUAUCCGCAGUGACCGAACGUGGAAAUCAGGGACCGGUCCCGUUAUAACCUCGGAAAUAUACGAUGGUGAAAAAUAUGAUGCGAGAUUGGAGCGCAGUGGAUGGUCCAACCCUGGCUUCAAUGGUACCGGCUGGCAUGGGGUCCAUGAAGUCUCGUUUGACAAGGAGAAAUUGGCUUCUCCAGAUGCUCCCCCCGUUCGACGGGUUGACGAGCAUAAGCUCGUCAAUGUCUUCAAGAGUGCGUCGGGAAAGACUGUCCUCGACUUUGGCCAAAACCUGGUUGGAUGGUUGCGAGUCCGUGUCAAGGGACCGAGCGGACAGACGAUCAAGUUUGUCCAUACAGAGGUCAUGGAGGAUGGAGAAGUCGCCACUCGUCCGUUAAGAGUUGCGAAAGCAACCGAUCAUCUCACUCUCUCGGGCAAAGGAGUGCAGGAAUGGGAGCCGUCGUUCACCUUCCAUGGUUUCCGCUACGUCGAGGUGGAGGGAUGGCCCAACGACACUCCCUUGGAUGAAGACUCCGUUACAGCCAUUGUGGUGCACACGGACAUGGAGCGAACGGGACACUUCGAAUGUUCGAAUCCCCUUAUCAACAAGCUUCACCAGAACAUUGUCUGGGGCAUGAGAGGAAAUUUCCUCAGUAUCCCGACUGACUGCCCUCAACGUGAUGAACGACUCGGCUGGACCGGUGAUAUUCAUGCCUUUGCUCGCACGGCAAACUUCCUGUACGACUCGGCUGGCUUCCUCCGAGGCUGGCUGAAGGAUGUCCACUCCGAACAAAAGAACAACUCCGAUAUUGUGCCCUUUGUCGUCCCCAACAUACUCGGAGCGGCAACGCCGACCUCCAUCUGGGGAGACAGCAUCGUGACUGUCCCUUGGGAUCUCUACCAAGCCUUCGGGGAUAAGGUCAUGCUCGGCGAACAAUACCAGGCAGCCAAAGACUGGAUCGACAAGGGAAUUUCUCGAAAUGAUGUGGGACUCUGGAAUCGCUCGACCUUCCAGUUUGCAGACUGGCUGGAUCCAAAAGCGCCCGCCGACAGCGCAGGAGAUGCCACCACGGAUAAGUUUCUGGUGUCCGACGCAUACUUGCUCCAUAGCACGGAACUGCUUGCCAACAUCUCCUCCGUUCUUUCGUUUGCCGACAAUGCCACGACUUAUUCCGACCAGCAUACUAAACUCACCAAAGAAUUCCAAAAGGCGUGGAUUUCCUCGGGCGGAAAAAUGGAGAACGAAACGCAGACCGGUCUUGCAUUGCCCCUUUUCUUCGAACUCUUUUCCAGCCCCGAGCAUUAUGACUCUGCUCUCGAGCGCUUGGUCAACAUCAUUCAGAAGAAUGACUUCAAAGUCGGUACUGGGUUUGCCGGAACGCAUCUUCUCGGCCACGCCUUGUCGAAGUACGGUGCAUCGGAUACGUUUUACCAGAUGCUGCUGCAGAAGGAAACGCCCUCGUGGCUCUAUCAGGUCGUGAUGAACGCCACGACCACCUGGGAACGGUGGGACAGCAUGCUGCCAAACGGUACCGUCAACCCUGGCGAGAUGACUUCGUUCAACCACUAUGCCGUUGGCUCGGUUGCCAGCUGGAUCCAUUCAACCAUCGGAGGACUCAAUCCUGCGGAGCCGGGGUACAAAAAGAUCAACAUCGAGCCGGUUCCCGGUGGUGGACUGCGCCGAGCGUCGACCCAGCUGCAGACUCCAUACGGCAUGGCCUCCACCAAGUGGUGGCUGGAGGAUCGUCCGGGACAAAACUGCAACGGCACCGAUUUCCAUCUGGUGGCCCAAGUUCCUCCCAACACUCGAGCCACCGUGGUGCUUCCGGGGUCGAAGGGCAAGAAGAAGGAAAGUCUGGAGGUCGGGUCGGGAACGCAUCGCUAUCGGGUCCAAUGUCUUCAGGUCAAUUGA